CCCUCCGGGAAGCGGGGUGGGAGUGGAGGGUGGAUUUGAGGAGUUUAGGACCUAUGCUAUGGGUUGGCACACAAGUUGAAAAAGGAGGCCGCUGGCAGAGGCAGGUGCAAAGCCUUGUCUGAAGAAUUAAUUCAUCGUCAUAGAGGACUCAGAUAAACUAGAUGGCAGCGACCGAGGCUGUGCACCACAUCCACUUACAGAAUUUUUCGCGCUCACUUCUGGAGACCCUCAAUGGGCAGAGGCUAGGCGGUCACUUCUGCGAUGUGACCGUGCGCAUCCGCGAAGCUUCCCUGCGUGCGCACCGCUGCGUGCUGGCCGCGGGCUCGCCCUUCUUCCAGGAUAAGCUGCUGCUUGGCCAUUCAGAGAUUCGUGUGCCGCCAGUGGUGCCUGCGCAGACGGUGCGCCAGCUGGUCGAGUUCCUGUACAGUGGCUCCCUGGUGGUGGCUCAGGGCGAAGCCCUACAGGUGCUCACAGCAGCGUCGGUGCUUCGCAUCCAAACCGUCAUUGAUGAGUGCACGCAAAUCAUUGCGCGUGCCCGUGUCCCCAGCACCCCGGCACCUGCACCUCUGCCACCACCCGUGCCCCCUCCACUCGCUCCCGCGCAACUGCGCCACCGUCUGCGCCACUUGCUGGCGGCCCGCCCCCCGGGUCACCCCAGCGCAGCGCACAGCCGCAAACAGCGCCAGCCUGCACGUCUGCAGCUGCCUGCACCCCCAGCACCAAUCAAGGCUGAGGGGCCAGAUACCGAGCCGGUGCUGACUGCCGCCCCUGAAGACAGAGGUGAAGAGGAUGACGACGAAGAGACCGAUGAAGAGACCGACGCUGAAGAAGGUGAAGGCGGCGGCGGCGGCGUAGGCCCGGGUGAGAGCCAGGCGCCCCUUGCUUUCCCCGACUGCUCAGGGGGCUUCCUUACCGCCACCGCAGCUGACAGCUCACGUGAGGACCCGCCUGCAUCCACUGGCGUCACUGAUUAUGGUGGUACCGGGAGAGAUUUCCUUCGGGGGACUACGGUGACCGAGGAUGUGUUCCCAGAUAGUUACGUGUCCGCCUGGCAUGAAGCGGAAGGCAACGGGGGUCCAGAAAGUUGUCCGGUGGAAACCUCUGCCCCACCUGACUGUGCCCUGGCUGGGCCUCGCCCCACUGGCAUGAAGACCCCUGGACCCCCCGUGGCUCUCUUCCCCUUUCAUUUGGGUGCCCCAGGGCCGCCAGCACCAACACCUCCGGCUCCAUCAGGGCCAGCCCCUGCCCCCCCUCCCGCUUUCUACCCCACGCUCCAGCCAGAUGCAGCCCCCAGUGCUCAGCUAGGAGAAACCCCGGCUGUACCUGCUGCCGCUGCUGCUCCUGCAACAGCCAUCUCUGGCCCUCCUGUGCGCGUCCCCGGUGCCUCGGGUGCUGAGCAACCCGCCUAUGAGUGUAGUCACUGCCGCAAGACUUUCAGUUCUCGGAAAAACUACACCAAACACAUGUUCAUCCACUCUGGGGAGAAGCCACAUCAGUGCGCAGUGUGUUGGCGAUCCUUCUCGCUGCGCGACUACCUGCUCAAGCAUAUGGUCACACACACUGGCGUGCGAGCCUUCCAGUGUGCUGUGUGUGCCAAGCGCUUCACGCAGAAGAGCUCGCUCAAUGUGCACAUGCGCACACACCGGCCGGAGCGUGCACCCUGCCCUGCCUGUGGCAAGGUUUUCUCACACCGCGCACUAUUGGAGCGCCACCUGGCAGCUCACCCUGCACCUUGAUUGGGAUCCAGCUGUACUCAGUGCGCAGGUGCAGUCAGACCCUUGGACUAGAUCCACUCCACCGGAAGGCUCUUGCUUCGGAGUCUGGACUCUUUCUCUUCCCCACUCUCACCUGUUUUCCCUGGACUUGAGACCCAGAACCCUAUAUCCCUCCUACACAUGCUUAGCAUCUCUGGAUGGGAUAUGGCAGGGUAGAGGAUGGUCAGGGACCCUACCACCUCAGAGAUCUAGACCAUUUCCAGGUUGAGCUGGGUCCACAGACUCUUGAAACCUGAUAUGGGAUUUUUGUCCUACCCCCUGUCGGGAUAUGAUGUCUAGCAUUAUCCUCUGCCCCAGUGCUGGGCUAGAAUUCUCUGACCUCACCUGUAACGCCUGCGACUGGACUAUUCUCGGUACAGUUCGCUCGCCACUGUAAGUGAGCCAGGCAAGAGACCUGGGUCAUUCGAAAGAAGAUCAGCGGAAUGCCGUUCAUUCAAGUUUAGGGAAAACCUUAAUACCUAGCUGCUGCACAAUGGAAUAGCCCCCGGGCAGGUGGGAAAUUACCACGCCCAAGGUGAAGCUAAUCACCAGGCUGAGCAGAGGGAACACAAGAACAAACAGGCUAUUUAGCUGGCUGACCUGAAACUGUCCUCAAGAUGAAACCCGGGAGCAAGGGUAGACCCAUGGGCCCUACAUUCACCCUCAGUGUGGAUUUCCCUUUCCUCAUUGGGUGCCUAUGGAGACUCAGAUGGACCUACCAUGGAACUUUAGGAUUCCAUUCUAAUAAAGGAUGUUGGGCCAGUA